AUGGCGGGGGGCGAGGAGAACGGCCCAGGGGGCGGCCGCGGGGAGCGCCUUCCCCCUGCUCGGGGGCGCCCCGAGGAGCAGCCGCGGCGGGAGAACCGUGAGGAGGAGAAGGAGGAGGGCGAAGGGGAAGAGGAGUCGCAGCGCUCAGAGGGUGCCUCGGAAGGGGUUUUGGAUGAGGACACCGCAGCUGAGGGGCUGCACACGCUGGGCCGCUCAGCCCCCGGCCUGGAGUUCGUUUAUCUCCAGCUGGGCCUCGCAGGGCGGGGGUUGAGGGACAUCCAGAUCCUGUCGGGAUUCAUCCACCUGCAGAAACUGGACCUGUCCCACAACAAAAUCACAGACCUCUCCUGUGUCAGCCACAUGCCCUAUUUACAGCACCUGGAUGCCUCCCACAACCACCUGACCUCUUAUUUCGCCUUCAAACCCCCCAAAAACCUCCGGGAAGUGGAUUUUUCCUACAAUCAGAUCCCUAAAAUGCAGGAUUUGUCGGCCUAUGGGUGCCUCACCAAGCUCUGCCUGGAUUUUAACAAGAUCCAGGAGAUCCGAGGCCUGGAGAAUUGUCACAGCCUGAGCCACCUGAGCUUGGCCCACAACAACCUCAGGGCCAUCCGAGGGCUGGAGAAGCUGCCCCUGAGGAGCCUCGACCUGAGCUCCAACCAGAUCGAGAAGGCAACUGGGCUGGAGAGCUUGAAAACUCUGCAGAAGCUCGACCUGUCCAGCAAUAAAAUCACCAGUUUACGAGGCUUGCAGGGACAUGAUCUGCUGGAGACCAUCAACCUGGAGGAUAACCAGGUUGCUGAGCUGCCUGAACUCAAGUGGAUUGAAGACCUGCCCCUUCUCAGAGUCCUGAAUCUUUUAAAAAACCCUCUACAGGAAAAGGCAGAUUAUUGGCUCUCGGCGAUUUUCACGCUGCUCCAGCUCACGGAACUCGACCUCAAGAAGAUUGCAGUGGAAGAAAAGGUUGCUGCUGUGAAUAACUAUGACCCUCCUCCAGAAGUUGUUGCUGCACAAGAUCACAGGACUCAAGUGACCUACCACAUGAUGCAGCCCCAGAGAGUCCUGCACAGCACUUUGCCGGGUCUCGAGGCCUCCUACCCCCUGCUGGUGCUGGUGGGCCCCGUGUGCUGCGGCAAGAGGGAACUCACCCACAGGAUCUGCAGGCAGCUCAACAAUCUCUUCAGAUACGGCCCCUGCCACACCACCAGGAGACCUUAUUUUGGGGAAGAAAACCGGCUGGAUUAUUAUUUCAUCUCCCCAGAGGCAUUUGAGGAGCUGGUAAAUGCAGGGAAGUUCCUGGCCACCUAUAAAUGCAGCGGCCACCGCUACGGAUUGGGAAGAGACACCGUGGAAUCUAUCGCCAGGGAGGGGCUUGGCACCUGUGUCCACUUGGAAAUUGAGGGUGUGAGGAGCCUGAAAUGCACCCACUUUAAACCCAGGUAUAUCCUGGCGGUGCCCAGGGACAAGGAGAGCUACGAGGAACGUCUGAGGAGGACGGGGUUGUUCAGCAGGCCAGAGAUUGAGGAGGCAGUUUCCAGAGUGGACAUGUACCUCAAAAUCAGCCAGGAUGCCCCGGGGUACUUCGAUGCCGUCGUCAACACGGAUGAUUUGGAUGAGGCAUUCACGGAGCUGAGUUCCCUUAUGAAGAUGUUCCUGGGCUUGGAGCAACCUGCAGUCUUUGAUGACAUGCAGGCCACCAGAAGCAGAGCAGGCUCAAGAACUCAGCUCUUCCCAGAGCCCAGAUUGUCCCCCAGUGGAGUGACUCGAUCUUUAUCUGUCAGUGACUUCGUGGACUCUCCCCCCGAAAAAUAUCCCAGGGGCUUCUUGGACUUGAUGGCUGCACCCCCAGGCUCUGUGGAAGAAGCUUCUCUCAGAAGACGUUUUUGUGCAGCACAGCAGGCCCUGUCAGGGAUGGCACCUCCCCCCCACAUCCAGCUGCUUCCCAGGGAAGUUGGUCCUGCCGCUGACAAUCCACAGGGUCCCAGCACCCACCUCCCGGAGGAACCCGAAGCUGAGCACCAGGAUCCAAGAGGAGCUGGGAAUUCGAGGGGCAGGUUGAAAGGGGCUGGUGAGAACCUCGGGAGAAAAUCCAGCAAGGCCAUCCCUCACAUCCUCCCCCUGCAGGGCUCCCAUUCCAAGCCUGUCCUGCCUCCAAUCCCAGCAGGAAUGAAGAGCAGCAACCUUUGA